AUGUCUUCAAUGUUUUGUGCAGUCUCCUUUAUUAAGGAUAUUACAACUGCUACUAAAUACACUGCUGGAACUGCAGUCUACAGAGCAGGAGACGAUGAAUUUAUUGAAUAUAAAUUCAAAGCUUUUUAUCUUGAAAGAAUAGCCGAAAAAUUUAGCACUCACCCAACCUCUAACAACAACUUCAGUAAAAACACUCCCCAAAGAAACUCCCGUCAAAAUGUUUCAAACAAUCCUACUGCUAUCACUUCAUCAGAAGAUACUAGAUUUAAUCUAUUACGCACUACUCUAGAUCAAUUUAAAG